AUGGGCGAGCAUAAUCUUCUUAAUCCCGGGUUUGUGGGACCUUUGGUAAACAUUCACACAGGAGACACUUUUUACUUUCCUAAUUUUAGGGCAUCUAGCGGGCAGCUGGCAGGCCUACCAUCUCUGUCAUACCCGAGGAGGGACAAUGUCUGCUCUCUCCCAUGGACUUCUUCCGAACCAUGCAAUGGAUAUCCUCAGUCUUACCUUAGCAACCACAUGCCCAUUAACCCCUCUUUUAACCGAGCGUGCGACAUAAGCAGGACAGAAGACAGCAAAUGUUACUACAGCGGCAGCGGACGAGACGUGUGCACCGAAAACACGAGCCUCAAGAGGGAGGAGAGAGUUAGGGACAGUGCUAUGGUGCCCGAGCACGGCAUCCAUAAUGGGAUAAACAGCAACGGUACUUUCCCCAAGUAUGACUACCCCAACGUCGAGAGUUUAUCUCAAGAUCCCCCUUCCUGUCAAUCGCUAGAAUCGGACUCUAGCUCGUCUCUUCUCAAUGAAGGAACUAAAACAUCUGGCAGUGAGAUUCCAGCCAUGUCUUCUCCAGCAAACCACGCAGUCGGCGUACCGGCAGGCAGUGGGACUCCUUGGUAUCCGAUGCACACCCGGACUCGCAAAAAACGAAAACCGUAUUCCAAAUUGCAAUUGGCUGAACUUGAAGGUGAAUUCAUGAUGAACGAAUUUAUAACACGACAACGGAGAAGGGAACUCUCGGACCGACUUAAUCUAAGCGAUCAGCAGGUGAAGAUCUGGUUUCAGAACCGGAGGAUGAAAAAGAAAAGACUGCUUAUGAGGGAACAGGCACUGUCUUUUUUUUAA